GAGACCCGAAGAAUCAGUGCACCGGUAGCCAUAGAGAGGGGAGGACGUGCGCUCUUUCCACUCCGAGCCACCUGACCUUAUCCCAGCUGUGACCUUAUUGAAAACACCUUAAAAGUGCCACAAAUACUGACCUUUAAGCUGUGAUAUUCCACCCACCUGUGAUAUUAAUUCCUGAGGUGUUAGUAAGUGUGUUAGUAGCAGUAUAAUUGAGGAAACUGUGCCUUCUACACCACCACCACCACCACCACCACCACAAUGCUACCCAUAACACAAGUAAAGGUGAUGACUGGUGUUGGCGCCACGCUGGUGUUGCUGUGUUCCAUAUUCAUCGGUGUGUUUCCAGUUAUAUUCAACUCCAUAGUGGAUAAGAUGUUGGUGGUGAGAGAGGAUUCAGACACGUUCGAGGCCUUUGUCACCCCGCCGAUCCCAAUCUACAUGCAAUUCUGGCUUUUUAACGUGACAAACCCAGAGGAGAUACGUUAUAACGGGGCUAAGCCAGUUCUAGAGGAGGUUGGCCCUUAUACAUAUGAAGAGGUGCGGGUGAAGUAUGCCUUUAACUGGACGACAGAGGGCAGUGUGUCUUACCUUCAGAACAAGAGUUACGUGUUUAGCCAAGAAAUGUCUGGAGAUCUGAGAGAAGACGACCUUAUUACCAGCAUCAAUGUCCUGAUGGUGAUAGCCAGCCAUCUGUUUCAAGGGAGAGACGAUCUUGUAUCUGAGACCAUAUGGACGCAAUUAGAGUCUUCCUUCGACCUUUUUGAGACCCACGAGGCAGGAGAGAUAUUAUUCUAUGGGUUCGAGUUGCCUCCAUUCAAUUUUGACUUCUCUGGCCUUGGGAAUUUAGUGCCAGAGUUGGGUGACACUGAAGGCUGGAGCGGGACUCUAGCGGAAAUCUUAGCAGGAAUGGGCGCGAAAGAAAUUCCUGACGUUAUAUUGGACAACAAAUUAGCGCUACUGUUGGGGGUGAACAACACCAACGACAAGGUGUACACAGUGAAGACAGGGGCGGAUGGCAUGGAUGACUUCAUGAACAUACAAUUUUGGAAUGGAUCCUCUUCUCUGCACUACUGGCAAGGCAAUGGCUCCGAGUAUUGCAAUAUGAUUAAUGGCACGGACGGCUCACAGUACCCGCCCAGGCUCACUCGAAGCUCCGUACUGCGCAUCUACACCUCUGAACUCUGCAGAUCGCUGUACUUGACCUACGAGAAGGAUUUGUACCACCACGGCAUCCCUGUGUACCGCUACAUACCGCCCAGGGAGGUGCUGGAGGACCCUGAGAUAAACCACGACAACCUGUGCUACUGUUACCCAGACCGUGACAGCUGCCUUGGCGCCGGGAUGCUCAAUUUGCAGCCCUGUCUUGGCCUUCCUCUGGUGCUGUCCACGCCUCACUUCUACCAGGGCGACGAGGUGGAGCUGGCCAAACUCGUGGGGCUUAAUCCCACUAAAGAAGAACACGAGACUACCAUAGACGUGGAGCCGAGGACGGGCGUUGCCAUGUAUGCUGCAAAGAAAAUGCAGCUUAAUAUACCUUUAAAACGAUAUGGCAAUCUUCCUUCUUUCAAAAAUGUUCCAGAAGUCAUCUUUCCUAUACUCUGGGUCAAUGAGAGCGCAGAGGUGGACUCCAAGAUGGCCCGUGAGGUGCGCAAUGCUGUGUACAUCCCCUUUGUGGUGGUGGAUGCUCUAUGUGGCUCCCUCAUUGCUAUUGGCGCCCUUCUGCUGGUCGUUAGUGGGUUCAGAUACCUUCACAUCAAGCCCAAGUACUCGUUCACAGCACUUCACAGCAGCACAGCGCCAGACAACUGCUGUGUUAAGAUUGAAAAGCCUGUUGAUAAGAUUGGUAGGGCAGCUGACCUUGAGAAGCUGUAGCAGAAGGUGGAGUUGGAUGACCUUAGUGGAAGAAGGGACAACAGGUGACCCGACGCCCCCCCCUUGACCCCCACAAAGGUCACAGAAGGUCAUGAAGGUCACACAAGGUCAUGAAGGUCACAGAAGGGGCACAGAAGUCAAAGGUCGAAGGGUAUAGACGUCUAAAAGGUCAUGGAGGUCAAAAAAGGUCAAAAGGUCAAAAGGUCAAAAGGUCAAAGGUCACAGAGGAGGUAUAAUUUUGACCUCCAGUGAUGAAAAAUUAUGGAAAAAAAUGUUGGUUGAGUGAUGUUUUAAGAGAAAAUUGUGGUUGUGGGUCUCAGAAAUGUUGGUAUGUGAGUGAUAUAUAGAGAAAAUGUUUGUUAAGAUGAAAAAAAACUUGACAAAAUU